GAUACUAGGUAGCCAGUACCUUCGUAGAAGUUGACCGUUUAAGAAUUGUUUAACGUUACGCUUAUUGCACCGUUCCGUCAAUUUUUCCUCAGUUUUUUUUUUAUUUCGUCGAUUACUUGCCGAUCUUGUGCAUAAAUAUUUAUCCGUAUAUUUACACGCAAUAUAUUAUAUACCGGCACGUAUCAAGUACCUGUCUUACUAUUCUUAAUUAUAAUUUAAUUUUCAAAACGAUAUCGUGUUCAUUUUAUAUUUACGUAUUAUCAGAUGUAACGAUAAUUUAAAAAAUCGUGACAGUAUGAAUCCUAUAAAAGAAAUUCAAUGUAUAAUAAGCGCGUUUUCGAUACAUAAGUGCAUUAUUUUUUUAUCCUCAAUUAUCUUUUCACGCUUCAAUGUGUCAUUUCAAAAAUAUUGUCGUGUGUAAUAUGUAAUAUAAGAUGUAUAUACGUAUAUAUUGUACUUUCAAAUGAAACAAAAAGAAACGAACAUUUAUAACGAACAACAUUGAAGAAUUUAAUCCUAUAAAUUUAAUGUGUUGGAAUAUCAAGAAUAAAAUUUCAAAUUUGAACACAGUUUUUUAAGAUGAUUUCCAGAAUCAAUGUUUCGCAUUUUUUCUAUGCGUGGAAUAGAGACUGACGAUAUGAUAAAAUCACAGUGGCCGCUGUUAAUGGUUUCUCUACAAUUUUAUUAUAAUAAACAAGAAAAAUAUAGUGGUUUCGAUCGAAUCACUGAUUGAACAAAAUGCAAAUGUGUAUUCUUAGGAUAUAGUAUGGCUUCGGUAUUUUGGCAUGUCUCUGGGAAUAAUUUGAUUUCUGCUACUUUUAUCUUGCUCUUGCUACUUUGUCCUCACAGUAGUACAGAGUGCGAUCAAAAGUUUAUAAGCACACCUGAUGGACCACCGAAUGGAACAUUUCACGCGCCAACGUUAAUUAAUUACGACGGAGAUUCCCGACAAUGCGUAUACACAUUUUUUGCUGGACCACGACAACGUGUCGAAUUGAUAUUUAAUUCGUUCGGCCUUCGGGGAACACCUCCAGAUGGAUCUGCUGUUGGAGAAUUACCCGCUUGUGUCCACGAAUAUCUGGAUGUAUAUGCUGAAAUACGAUCGGAGAAUACCAGCAAAUUGGUGGAAACGCCUUUCGGUGGUCGUUUCUGUGGCCCGAUUCCACCUCGUAGGCGUGUUUCUCUUUACCAGGGAAUUGCUCUAAGUUUUUACACUGAUAAAAAUAUUACGUUACCUACCCUGUUCAGCGGUACUUAUGCCUUUAUCAAUUCAUCUGAAUACGAGGUGGGAACACCAGCUCCCAGCACACCAUGCUCUUUCACAGUAGAUUCGGAACAUAAACGCAAUGGUAAUAUAUUAUCUCCUACGUAUCCUGGCACAUAUCCAAAGGGUAUUAUAUGCAGUUAUCAAUUUAUCGGGAAUAAAUCGCAACGAGUGAGGCUCGAGUUCCGGGACUUUGAUUUGUUCUUCGGAGGUCAACAUUGUCCUUUGGAUUACGUAAAAGUGUACGACGGUUUAAACGAUACGUCGGCGGUUAUAGGGACUUACUGUGGUCAACAACGAAAUUUGGUGUUGUACUCGUCGGAAUCAAGUUUGUACGUGCUGUUUGUUACCCUUCAACGUACGGCCAAUACGCAAAAUCGUGGAUUCAAGGGCAUCUUUGAAUUCUCGGAGAGUUUUGUUAAAUUAGACUUCAUAACCGCUAACAAGGGUGAGCACAUACGAGGAUCGGAAUGUGAUCAGAAGAUUUUAAGUAAAAAGGAAUCGUCUGGACAAGUUGUUAGCCCAAACUUUCCAUUUCCGUACAUACCGAAGGUCGUGUGUCGGUAUUUCAUUUAUGGAAUGCAAGAUUCGCAGCAUCUCGAGCGUGUUCGAUUAGAGUUCAUAACAUUUAAUAUACCAAAGAAUAAGACGAUAGGAGAUUCAUCUUGUACCGAUGGAUAUUUAAAAUUAUACUUAAAAGGGCAAGAAGCGACGGAUUCUUAUGACAAAUUUGAUUACGAAUUGUGCGGCGUGAAGAGCAAUCCGAACCAUGUAGUUAGUGAUGGGCCGAGACUUGUGAUGGUGUUUAGCAGCGGGGAAUCUCAAGGGCAAGGUUUUAAAGCACGGUACACCUUUGAAACGGAAUACAAAAUACCGGGCACCGCUGCACCCGAUGGCAGCUGUACAUUCACAUACCGCAGUUCCUCUCGCAAAAGAGGAGAUUUUAAUUCUCCUCGACAUCCUAGUAAUUAUCCAAGCGAUACAAAUUGCACAUAUUUAUUCUUAGCGACGCCAAACGAGCAAGUUACCUUAAUAUUCGAUUAUUUUAAAGUUCGAACGAAAAAUAUGAACAUGACGGAUGGACAUUAUGGAAUGGAAAUUUGUCAAGAUGAUUGGUUGGAAAUAUAUAAUAUGUAUCGGGACAAUACGGAAAAAUUGAUAGGUAGAUACUGUGGUAACACGGCGCCAGGACCUGUCGAGUCGACUCUUGGUGCUCUCGGUUUAAGAGUAAUUCUGCAUUCGGACUCGGAACUGGUUUAUAGCGGUUUUAAAGCGCGUUACACGUUCGAAGUGGCGAAACCUAUAUUUGGAGAUUGCGGAUCGAAUAUAAGUAGUGUGAAUUAUGGUAUUAUCGCCAGUCCGAAUUUUCCAAACAAGUACGAUGGACCAGCGAGAAAUAUGGCAAGUAAAACUUGCAAUUGGUUUAUAAGAGUUCGACCGAAUCAACGAAUAUUGUUAAAUUUUGAAUCGUUCUCGGUAGAGGGUGAUCAAUCAGUUCGUGGUUGUCCAGCUGCGGUGCUGCGCAUGUGGUAUUCCGUAUCGUCCACGCCUAUCGAGUUAUGCGGCGUGAAAACGUCAGAUAAAUGGACUUAUCUUUCUGAGGAUAACAACAUGCGACUUAGCUUUAUAUUAGCCGACAAAGCGGUUGGACAACUGGGAUUUAAGGCAAUAUGGACGGAAGUAAGCACAAAUACCGACUGCCAGAAUCAAUUUUUGUGCAGCAAAAAUAAAUACUGCAUUGCAGAAUCGCUUCGAUGUAAUGAGGUUUAUAAUUGUGGCCCAGCUGAUGAUUCGGAUGAAGAAAAUUGUAAUACAGUUGUACAGAAAAAUAAUUACGCUGUUCCUGCGGGUUAUACCAUCGGUGCUGUAUUAAUAGCAUUGAUCGUUUGUCUUUUUUGUCAUCGGAAGCUGAAAAGAAGAGUUCAGACCGUGCAUCUCAACGAUCUGCGCCAACGCAUAGACGAUAGGCAUUUAUGUUAUCACGAUGAAAAUCUUCUUCAACAUCACCAUCACUAUCACCAUCAUCAUCAGCACCAGCAACAACAACAACAGCAGCAACAGCAGCAGCAACAACAACAACAACAACAACAACGUUAUCAAAAUUUGAAUAACGAUUCAAAAUAUCAUUUAGAAUCAUCGACUAGUCCAAUGAGCGAGAGCGAUGUCGAAGAAGCUAGCAGUAUCAACAGUGUGUGACAUCGUGCCAUUUUGUUUAAUGUCACGUGUUACGUUAUUCAUGUUUAGCGAAAUGUCUCAUUUUCUAUCUCGAUCGAUAUUAUCGCAUAUAUUAUCAUUGGUCGAUCAUUUCAUUCC